AAGUAUUUUCGCUCUCUCUGCUUUCUAAGCUCAGCCUGCUGUAGCAAGCAGCUAGCAUCAGAAUGUGUUUGCGCGCGUCGUCGCCUUAGCUCUAACCGCGCCCCUGUGCUUCAAUUCAGCAUUUUCCGUCCUAAGAGUAACUGAUUAAUUCCUAGUGCAUCGUACUCCAACCCUCCAGUCAUGGCUAGGCCAGGAAACCCCGGCUCUCGCCGUUCGCCGCACGCCAAGGGAGGAAAGUUCGGGCAGCAGAAAAAAGGGCAGAAAAACAACAAGCACCAGUACCAGAAACCCCCGUCGAAGCUACAGCUAGAGGUCGCGGAAAUCCGCCAGCUAGAAGCGCGGAUCGCCGCGGGCGCCCCCGCGCCGGGCUCGAACCCCCUAGCCGCGGAUCUCGCCGCUCCCCCCGCUCCCCCCGCGCCAGCGAACAACAAAGAUAAGAAACGGAAUGCGUCUAAGGAAGGGUUGCCCGCGGCGGCAGCGGGAGGCGGGGCGGCGGGCGGGAAGGGGGAAUUGGAGCCGUACGUCGGCGCGAAGCUGUUCGAGGAUCUGCCGAUCUCGAAGCGCACGAUGCGCGGACUAAAGGAUUCGGAGUAUGUCCACAUGACGGCCAUUCAGCGAGCCGCGAUUCCCCACGCCCUGUGCGGGAGGGACGUGCUGGGAGCAGCCAAGACAGGCUCCGGCAAAACCCUUGCGUUCAUAAUUCCCCUUCUGGAAAAGCUGCAUCGGCAGCGGUGGUCGCACAUGGACGGCGUGGGCGGCAUAAUCAUAUCGCCCACCCGGGAGCUUGCCACCCAGAUCUUCAACGAGCUCAAGAAGGCCGGCCGGCACCACCCGUUUUCGGGCGGCCUGCUCAUUGGCGGGCGAGCUGGGAGCGUGGAGAAGGAGAGAGACAGGGUGCAGUCGCUCAACAUCCUUGUCUGCACGCCGGGUCGUCUGCUGCAGCAUAUGGACGAAACUCCUAAUUUUGACGCAUCCAAUCUCCAGAUGCUUGUUUUGGACGAAGCUGACAGAAUUUUGGACCUGGGCUUCUCACAGGCGCUCAACGCCAUCAUCGCCAACCUGCCUCCCCCGCCGCACCGCCAAACGCUGCUCUUCUCCGCCACCCAGACCAAGUCCGUGCGCGACCUCGCACGCCUCUCCCUCUCCUCGCCCGAGUACCUGUCGGUGCACGCCGAAGCCAAGGAGGCGACGCCCCUGCGGCUGCAGCAGACGGUGAUGGUGGUGGAAGCUGCCAGGAAGCUGGACGUGCUCUGGAGCUUUCUGAGAAACCAUCUGCAGAAGAAGACAGUUGUGUUUCUCAGCAGCUGCAAGCAGGUCAAGUUUGUAUUCGAGGCCUUCAGGCGCCUGAGACCUGGAAUCGCUCUGAAGCUGCUCCAUGGGCGAAUGAAGCAGAUGACCCGCCUGGCCUCCUUCUACGACUUCUGUGACUCGGACCAUGCUGUGCUCUUCGCCACCGAUAUUGCUGCCAGAGGGUUGGAUUUCCCUGCGGUGGACUGGGUGGUGCAGGCCGACUGCCCUGAUGACGUGGCAACAUACAUUCACCGCGUGGGCCGCACGGCCAGGUUCAAUGCAUCUGGACGCUCACUGCUGCUGCUGACGCCAUCUGAGAAGGCCAUGCUACCGCUACUAGAGGCGGCCAAGAUCCCCUUCUCCCUCACUAAGGCCAACCCAGCCAAGAUGCAGCCUAUUUCACAGGGGCUAGCAGCGCUGCUGUCAAAGGACCCGGAGAUUAAGUACCUGGCACAGCGGUCCCUCGUCACCUACCUGCGAUCGAUCCACGUACAGAGCAACAAAGAAGUGUUUGACGUGACCAAGCUGCCCGUGGAGGAAAUUGCAGCCUCCAUGGGGCUGCCCAACCCGCCAAAACUUCGCUUUUUGAAAAAAGUGAAGGGAGCAGGGAAAGUAGAUGGGGAUGAAGAGGAGGGGGGGGAUGGGAAAAAGAAGGGGGAUAAGGGGAAGGGGAAGGAGGAGGGGAAAGGGCCGGUAGGGGAAUGGAAGGGGCAAAGGAUUCAAUUUGGUGAUGAUGGGAGUGAUAGUGAGGGGGGUGGUGAGAGUGAUAGUGAGAGUGAGGGAGAGAGUGAGAAUGAGAGUGAAGGAGAGAGUGAGGGAGAGAGUGAGAAUGAGCAAGAAGAGGAGGAAACAGAGGAGGAGGAGGAAGGGGAGGAAGAAGGGGAUGAGGGAGAGGAAGAGGAAGAGGAAGGAAGUGGGGAGGAGGAGGGGGAGGAGGAGGAUGCAAGGGAGGGGAGGAGGGAGGAGAAGAGGAAGAAGACCAAACUAGAGCGGCUGUUCGGGAGGAAGAACCGAGACGUGCUGUCGGCCUCAUAUGAUAAGCUGAGAGCGCCUGAGGAGGAGGAGGAGGAUGGGGAGGGGGGAGGGAGUGAGCAGGAGGAAGGGGAGGAGGGGGGGGGGGGAGGGGAGGGAGAGGAGGGGAGGGAGGAGGGAGGAUUGGAGGGAAGGAGGGGGUUGACAGCUGGAGAGGAGAAGAAGGCGAAUCUACCCCUGACUCUUUCCAGGAAGCAGCGCAAGAAGCUUCUCUCAGGUCCCGGCAAACAUGGCGGCACACGAUUGGUCUUCGACGACGAGGGCAACCCGCUGCCGCCCCUCGCCGCCCUUGCCCUCGAAAAGGACAAAGCCGAAGGGGUGGCGUCAGAGGGUCAGGGUGUAUCUGGGAAAAGAGCACCAGGGGAGGAUGCUGAGCUGGCAGCUGCCGCCCGGGCAGCUGAAGAAAGAUUUCAGCAGCUGAGGGAGGAGAUGCAGCAGAAGGAUCUGGAGGACCGGGCUGCUGAAAAAGAGCGCCUGCGAAUGAGACGGCUUAAGGAGAAGCUGAAAGCGAAGAAACGGGCAGGUGAAGGAGGGAGGGAGGAUGGUGAGGAGGGAGGUCAGGUGGUAUUGCUAGGCAGUGGGGGGGGUGAUGAUGAGAGCGAGGAGGAAGAGGAGGAGGAAGAGGAGGGAGAGGAGGAGGAGGGUGUGAGGAGGGGGAGAGGCAAAGGGAAGAGUGAUAGCAGUGGAAGUGAUUAUAGCGAGAGUGAGGGUGAGGAAGAGAGGGGUGGUGAAAAGGGCAGUGUGCAGUGGGACGAGAGUGAUAGUAUGGAGGGUGAUAGCAUGGAGGGUGACAGUAUGGACGAAAGGGGAAGUGAGGGGGAGUAUGAGGAAGAGGCCAGUGGGGAUGAUAGAGGGGGAGAGGAAGAGGAGGAGGCACCGGAAGCAGUGCCGCUGGAAUGGGAAGAGAAGGACCUCGCACAGGCAAAGCAGCAACAUAGGAAGCCGCAUAUGUUGGGGCAAGGGAUAGAAGAAGGAGAAAAAGCAGCAGCAGCAGCAGCAGCAGUAGCAGUAGCAGCAGCUGCUGCCAAUGGGAAGAGAGGAAAGAGAGUGAAAGUUGGGGGCCCUAUUGCUGGUACCAGGCCAGCCAAACGAGUGAGGUCAGACCAAGGGGAAAGUCAAGGGAAGGGGGACGGCAAGGCUGCAGGCAACAGAAGCACGGCAGUGGGACUAGCGGAGCAGGAGGCUCUUGUGCUGAAGCUGCUGGCUGCCAAACACAAGUGAGCGUGCUUGGCGGCAGGGUGAAGGCGCAGUGUCUGUCCGGCGUAGUUUCGUGCAUGAUGGGAUGAAAAUGGGGGAGGAGAUGGCAGUCGGGAAGGCACGGGGAUGGAAGAAGAGAGUGUCCGGGGCUGGGUUUGGCAGUGCAGGGGGCUGCCAAACAGAAAUGGUAAUAUGGCAGGGUGAAAGAAUGAUGGUAAGAGAUGAUCACUCUGGGAUUUUCAAGCAUUCUUAUUGUACUUUCAGUAAGUUUUACUGUGCUGGAAAAAAGUGUUACUAAUUAC